AUGGCGAGCAGGUUCACUCCUCUCAUCCGCUCCGUCAUCCGGCCGGCGUGCCGGGUUGCCCGCCCUCAGUCUCGCGCCGCCUUCUCCCUCACAGCCAGCCGACGAAGCGACACUCUCAUGGUGCAUCGAAACACCGAGGACAACAACCCCGACAUCCCCUUCAAGUUCAACGCAGAGAACCAAAAAGUCAUGGCCGAGAUCCUUAAGCGAUACCCUCCCCAGUACAAGAAGGCUGCUGUCAUGCCUCUGCUCGACCUCGGCCAGCGCCAGCACGGCUUCACCAGCAUUAGCGUCAUGAACGAGGUCGCUCGUCUUCUUGAGAUGCCUCCCAUGCGAGUGUACGAGGUCGCUUCUUUCUACACCAUGUACAACCGAACCCCAGUGGGCAAGUACUUUGUCCAGAUCUGCACUACGACCCCUUGCCAGCUUGGAGGCUGCGGCUCCGAUGUUAUCGUCAAGGCCAUCAAGGAGGAGCUCGGCAUUGAGCAGGGCCAGACCACCGCCGACGGUCUCUUCACCAUCCUCGAGGUCGAAUGCCUCGGUGCCUGUGUCAACGCCCCUAUGAUCCAGAUUAACGACGACUACUACGAGGACCUUACCCCUGCUUCCGUCAAGGACCUUCUCAAGUCCCUCCGAUCCAAGGCCACUGCUACUGAUCCUUCCACCGUCAAUGUUCCCAAGCCUGGUCCCCUUAGCGGCCGAAAAGACUGCGAGAACAGUGCUGGCCUGACAAGCCUUACCUCGGAGCCCUGGGGAACCGAGACCACAAGGAAGGAUCUGUAG